AUGGGGAUUACGUUGCCCAGUUCCCGAAGCCCAGCCUUCGCAAAUUGCUUGCCCAUGCAAGGAGCGCCGGCGGAUUUGAUUCGGCACGGCGAGUCAACUGCGAAUGCUCGGAGCAAACAGUAUCGCGAACAAGGCGAUGUCUCUGGUCGGGCAUACCAUGAGGCUGCUUUUUUCGACGCCCCCCUGACAGAAGAUGGACGAGAUGGUGCAACGAAGGAAGUCCAAGUCCAUUUGCAGGGCAGCGCGCGGGAAAAUGACGGAAGCCCCGUUCGCAGGCUUGUCGUAACAUCCACUUUGCACCGUGCGCUGGAAACGGCAACCCUUGGCGUGUUGCCGCUGUUCCCCCCAGAUCAGCAGACCGAGUGGAUUGCACUGGAGUCUGUGCGAGAGGCUGUGACUUGUGAGAUUCACGAUAUACAUGGCGUUGAUAUUCCGAUCGAGGUUUCUUGCGAGGGGAAGCCUUGCAAUAUGCGGAAGCCAUUGGCGCAUGCGCGCAAGGCUUUCCCACAUGUGAACUUUGCGCAUUGCGCGGACGCGGAUCCCUUUCCACGCGUGGAGACCGCUGAGAUGUUAGACCAACGUGUCGCCGAGUUUGUCGUUUGGCUCGGGAGGUGGGUUGAUCAGCAGCAAAGAGAUCACAGAGCCCCGCGCGUAGAUGUGAUACUUGUUUCGCAUUACGUGUUUCUGCGCCGACUCAUGUUCAAAAUUGGGAGCGACACGAAGGUUUCCACGGGACCCCGUGGUUUGAAGAAUUGCGAGGUGCGCGUGCUGCCGUUGUCUUGCAUUCUGCAGUUGGCUGGAGCGCGCCAUCAUUGA